GAGGUUCACCCAAAGCCCCACGAAAGGAAACACAAACCAAAUAAACAGUGUGGCCGUGGUCUGUCAGACGAAAGCUCACAACACGCAGCUCUGUUUUCGCAUAGCAAAUACUGCGCACCGUUUUAACACUCUCUCGAGAUUAUUCUUCCUCGAUAAAGCACGGUACGUCUUAUCUCAUCUCCUCCCGUGUCUGAUCCUCGAAAAGCAGCAGUAUGCCACCAGUGUCCAAUCGGUCCAACGCAAUCAUGGAUCUCGCUGAUGACCAACGAUUCGCACUCAUGAAGUUUCGCCGCAGUGUUUCUGACUGUCUACAGCCCGGCCAGGGCGAUCCAUAUCUUUUGCGGUGGCUCAAAGCUAGGAACUUCGAUGCUGUGGCAGCGGAAAAAAUGUUGCGAGAGUCGUUGCAGUGGCGUGCAAAAUGGGAUGUCGACCGUCUCUUGACUCACUGGGAGCCUCCUCUCGCCCUAAAACAGUUUUUCCCGAGCGGCAUCUGCGGCACUGACAAAGACGGUGUACCCAUAAUCCUAGUGCCGUUCAGCGGUCUGGACAUCUGGGGUCUGCUCCAUUCAGUUUCAAAGACCGACUUCAUUAGGAUGACUGCGAUGACACUGGAGAAGUACUUGCAGGAGGCUGCGGAAAACCUGAAGAAAGCAGGAAGUCCCUCUUGCGCGCCUACUUUGAUUGCCGUCAUGGACAUGGAAAACUUCUCUAUCAAACCUUACACUUGGAGACCAGCUGGAGAGGUGGUGCUCAGCCUCAUUCACAUGUAUGAAGCAAAUUACCCCGAAAUUCUAAAGGCCUGCUACAUCAUCAAUGCUCCGAGCAUUUUCUCGGUUGCGUUCUCCAUCGUGCGACCCUUCCUGCACGAAAACACCGUUCAAAAAAUUCACAUCUUUAGCAGCAAUGCGCGCAAGUGGAAGGCAGCGCUAAUGGAAAAUAUAAGCACUGACCAAUUGCCUGCGCAUUAUGGUGGAACACAAGUUGGAAUCAACGGAGACACAAAGUGCACACACAAGGUACACCAAGGUGGAAAAGUUCCAAAGAAUAUGUAUCAAAAGUUGGAAGAUUUGAAAGAUGAAAUUGAAGGCGCUUGGACUUCUGCCAACGUCAAGAAGGGCGAUAAACUUCAGCUGCAAUACGAUGUUGUAGAACCUGGGUCAUAUUUGAAAUGGGAAUUCCGUACUGAGCAGCAUGACAUCCAGUUUGCUGUAUAUCGCUGCUCUAGUGAUGGCUCACGCCAAGCUGUGGUUGAGCCCCGUAAAGUGAAUUGCCAAGACAAGAAUGCGCCCGAGAUAGGAGUUGUUACAUGCGACGAUGCACCAGCUAAAUACGUAGUUGAGUUUGACAACUCACACAGCAUGCUGAGGACCAAGAAAGUACACUACCAGAUCGUUCUUGCUCCACCCCUUACUAGUGCAGACAGCCUAGUGGACAGUCUUGCAUCUAUUGCUGUCAACUAAUUGAAUAAUUUUGCUUUCUGGUAAUAUGCAUCAAACGUUUGAUUUGUUUCAUCGACAACGACAAGACUUAUGAUCCAUGUUGAAAUUGUAUUUUUACUGUGAUAUUGAUAUUCCUCAACUUAGUUGUUGAUUCCCAGUGCACUUAUACAAAAGAUGGCAUCUUUAAUCACUCUAUAACUUUGUUUAAAAAUGUUUUGCGUGUGAUUUUUUGGCCAAUACAUAAUCUUGGGGAAUUUAAAGGUGUUUUUUUGCUUUAAUAGGAAAACUAUUAUAUAUAAUCAUCCUCCUAUAUUUACAUUGUGUACAUUCGAACCAAUAUUCCCUACCUCCAUGUAAGAUAUUUACAACGCAAUCAUAGCACAAAAAUAGAAUUGAUAGAGUAAAGCUUUAUUCAGAAAAGCCUUCAUCGCUAGAGAAGCAACGCAACUGUGACAAUGACCAAAACUUUUAUAGAUUCUCAAUGCCUUCUAGGGCUAUCUUAAUAAUAUUCUCUCCAUUGCCAUCAUGGUGUGUUAUCGUAACAUACUGUGCAGCAGCAGCAUCCUCUUCCUCUCGGUGGGUGGCCAAAUGUUGCAUGAGAUUUAAUCUGUUGAGGAAUGCUUUGUCACAGUAUUGACAUACAUUAUGUUCAUCAUUAUCCUGGCUAUGUGAAAUUGCUAUGUGCUGGUUCAGUUUCGUAGAAGUGUUGAACGUGCUUUCACAAACAGAACAUCUGCAAGACAAAAAUCAGUUUUAAAAGAUGAAGAAGAUUUAUCAAGACUAAUUUUAGGAAUAAUAAUGAUGCCAACACAGCAGAUGAUUGCCGCAUCUAUUAAGAGAUUGUGUAUAACACAGGAGUCAUUGCAUCUAUGUUUGCACUGUAAUCACAUUGGCUUACCUGAAUUCGUGAAGAACCUGGUGCAUUUUUAACUCAUGUUGGCGAAGAAGAGCUUCGUAAAUGUAGUGCUUAUCUUUGCAGAUCUUGCAAGAGAAUUUCUUCAUCCCAUGGAAAUUCUCCUUGUGUAGAAUGAGCUCUGACUUGGUGGGGAACACUUUGUCGCAUUCCCUGCAGAUUUGUCUCCUAGGUUUGCCUUUUUCUAGGAGCAAAAUUAUUAUUAUUUCAACUAAGCAAAGCAAAAUAAACAUACUCUUGAG